AUGAGUGUGAUAAGAACUGUAAUAGGGGGCACCGGAGAAUCCGGCUCAACGACCCCUAUACUACCUGAAGACGGCAGCACUAUCCAGGCUUUUCUGCUGCGCAUCGAGCGCCGGUACACCCAGAUGGGAUUGGAACCGCGCGAGUGGGGAAAUGCACUUAUUGACCAUCUUGUAUGCCCGGCUCUAACGUAUUGGAUGUAUCUACGGAGAACUAUCGACCUAAGCGACUGGGCGACAGUACAGCGCAGACUAUUGGAGCGGUUUGACAGAACAAUGUCGCAGAGUCAAUUGUUAACGGAGUUGGCCAAAGUACGGUGGAAUGGUAACCUGAAGGAAUACACGGACCAGUUUGCGGUUGUGGCUGAACGGGGGUUGGGUCUUGCCCCCGACAAACUCGCGGAUUAUUACUGCACCGGGCUACCGACAGACUUCCAUCUUCUAAUAACCAAUAACGGAAAGGGGAAAUAUCAGUCGUGGGAACAAGCGGUGGCCGCCGCAAUACAGCUCUACGAGCCCAAGCAGAGUGUGCUGGAACUCCGAGAAAGGACCAGUCGAGCCAUAAGGGCGGCCGUCCAAGAUAAUGGACCUAGUGGGCACCAGGAAAUUGAAAAUCGUUCUGGGGGAACCCACGUUAACUGUUUUGAGUGUCAGGGUCGCGGACAUCCGGCACGUGUCUGCCCUAGCAAAGGGGAACGUACCAAACGUCCGGGAGAAAUAUGCAAGAAGUGUGGCGGUGUGGGACACUAUGCUCGGUACUGUCCUACGUAUGAACGAGGCCGGCUCGAGCCGGCGGACAAGAGCAGUAGGGAGCCCACGUCCUAG